CUGAGUAAUCUACAUUAGUGUCAAACAUUUCUUAGCCCCUUCACCUGCGAAGUGGGGCUUUUAUUGCUCAUGAUUUAGGUUAAAUAGAAGCACUUCACCUGCUUAAGCCACAUUCCUAUCCUUAAUUAAAGACAUGUUAUUGCUGUCAAAUAAUGAACUAAUUUUAAUUUAUAUAGAUCAAAUAUAGUCAUCUAAACAUCAUCGUAAUAUUCUAUAAAACAGGAAGGCAGCAUAAUAAGUUUUUAAGCCUUUAUACCGGUAAAAUCAAAAUAAGAGUUGUUUUUUUUCCAACAAAGAUUGCCAGAACUUGGACAAAUAUAACUAUAAAGCGAACAAAGCAUUUGUAGAGACUGAGCUCAUUCUCUUUUUGUAUAUCUCAGCCGGAUAUUUUAUUGCCAAAUGUCACGGUGACUGUCCAAGGUGCUGAUCCUGCAGUGGCCGGUUAAACGGAGCUCUCCACGGUGACAAUAAGCUAUCGGCCUUUGUUGAGUUAUUCAACAUUCGUUGUUAUUGUGCCUUUUGUGUCCACGUCGGCUAAUUUAUCUAGAGCACGUGCUGCCGCUGUGAGGUUGAGCUGUGUUAUAUCAUGAUGCGAUCAAACCCACGGUGUGAUAAUAAAUAAGCGCUUAACGUUUCACCGAAAGCGAAGCUUGUGACGCUGCCGCUGCGUGUCCCGUCCCGCUUGCCGUAGAAAACGCGGAACAACUGUGGGCAUGGUGCCGGACGGUAGCUGCACGUCUGAGCGUUUAGGCAGUUUGUUACAAUGGCAACACGUUCGGGAGAGCGGUUUAUGAUUCAUGUUGUUGAAAGGGGAUGUGGCUGAAUAAUGGGAAACGUUUUUGGGAGAAAGAGUCGACCUUCGCGUGUAACGGAACAAGAUAAAGCCAUCUUGCAACUGAAGCAGCAGAGAGAUAAGCUGAAGCAGUAUAAACAGAGAGUUACACUCCAACUGGAGAAAGAGCGACUUCUUGCAAAGCAGCUGCUGAAAGAUGGCAGAAAAGAAAAAGCACUGUUACUUCUCAAGAAGAAACGUUAUCAGGAUCAGCUGCUAGAAACGACUGAGGGUCAGAUUUCAAACCUGGAGCAUAUGGUUCAGGAUAUUGAGUUCAUGCAAAUGGAGAUGAAAGUCAUCGAGGGGCUCAAGGUUGGAAAUGAUUGUCUGAAGAGUAUGCAUGAGAUCAUGUCAGUAGAAGAUGUGGAGAGAAUCCUGGAUGAGACCCAGGAAUCAAUUGAAUAUCAGAGGCAAAUAGAUGAAAUGCUGGCUGGAGCGCUGACGCAAGAGGAUGAGGACGCGGUUUUAGCAGAGCUGGAAGCUAUCACUCAGUUAGCGGCGCUGGGGCCUGGUGUUACCACAUGCCUCAGCUGUUGGCUACUUAGCACUUCCACUGGAGUCCACUGGGCUGUGGGUAAAGCUGUGAUUCAGAGUUGAGUUAUUGUUUUGUAUUUGUACAGUAUAAUAUCAGCCUCUGGAGUCAAAGGCGAUCGUUUGUAGAGUUUCCAAAGAUGCCACUGUAUCAAUUUGAAGUAAUUUCAGGCUGUUAAUUGAUUGAAAUACUUAGAUUUGCCAUCUAAUUAUCUGAGACGACAAAGUCUCAGUGUUAUUAAACUACAUAAAUUACUGUGUUUAGUGCUUGAACAGUGACAUGAAUACUAAGCCUGUUUUUUAUCCAAUUACACAAGUAUAAAUACCCAGAUGGCAUUGCAGUAUGACUUUGUGUACAGUCAAAUAGAAUGGAUACAUGUUGGACAAUAUGCAAAGCUCUGUCAGGAAAAUAUUUUAUUUGUAAAUCAAUUAAAAAUGUUGUGAAUGAACACAAUGGAGCUUGGUGGGUAGAUAGAACUUUUACAACACAUACUGUAAUUUAUGUACAUACAGUAUGUGUGUGUCACUAGAUCCCAUAAUCACAUGUC